AUGUAUCUUGCGCCUUCCAGUAUUCACUUUACACAAUGUACUGGGGAAACGGAUGUCGGGGAUAUAACGAAAGACAUCGACUUGGAACGCCUGACGGCAAAGUUCGAGAGUAAGGAUACACUUCCAAAAAUCCAGGUAGUCGAAAAAGAUGGUCAUUAUUUCACCUUAAAUAACAUACAGCUACAAGUGUUUAGGAAGCUGGAGGAAAGGGGACACUGUCAAAAUGUCAAAGUGGAGGUCAUUGCUACCAAAAGGGUGCCUGUGGCUAUCAGGGACUUAAUGAUCCUCCCUCCGGAUUUCGACCGAAAUGGCUACUCUACGGAAUCCCACAGAUUAGGAAAGAAAGGUUCAUCUAAAGACAACGACACAGAUGAAGACGACGAAGAUGACGACGACGACGAUGAAAGCACUGUAACGUCAUGUUCUGUAGCCUCAAGCAGUGAAUCUGAUACAAGCGAUGAUGAGGGCGAAAAAGGAGAUGAAAGCUAUGACAGCAGUACAAGUGACAGUGAUGCAGAGGAGAUUGAAGAGGAAAGAGAGAGUCUUUUAUAA